CAACGAACAACGUCUUUCUGAUAUAAGAAACGCAUCAAAGCCGCUUGGAAUAUAACCACAUCCACCCUCACAGUCACAAUUUCCGAGUCAACGAGUCAACCUGGCUGCCUCCACUCGAUCUUUAUUUUACUGCCUCUUCACAGGAGCCUUUGUCGUUCUGGUCUACCACUUCUCCUCCCCGUCCCUCGUACCCGAAUCUAUGAGCUGGUCGUCCAAGUACGAAGGCUGGCACACCCGUGCGCGAUUGCACCCGGACCCGGCGUCGUUCACACCUAUGCGCGACGCACUCCAGUUCGCCGCGCUGUAUAACGCGCCGGCGGAACCGGACGGCUUCAGUCUCGCCGUCUUUCAGCCGGGCUCGGACGGGGAUCUCGUCGCGGUCGACGCGCUGGGCAAGGUGCUCGUGCUCGAUCGUGACGACGCGGAAGGCCUGGUCGGCCUGUCGAGCGCGACGACGCUCCUGCCCAAGACGGGCGCGUUCCGGAACCAGUGGCGCGUCCGGAGCGCGAUCAGCUCGCGGCCUAUCGACCGGAUUCUGGUGAACAUCAAGGGCGAGGCGGGGUUGGUGGAGACCGGUGUGUACGCGUUCGCGAAGGGGGAAAGGAAGCUCGAGAAGGAUGUAGAGGGAAUUGACGAGCUGCCGGAUGCACUGUAUGAGCUCGUGGGGCUGGUGAGGGAGGGGAGGGAGGGGUACAAACGCGGUCAGGGGGAUCAGGAGGUUGUGAGAAGGGUCAAGGGCGUGCUUGGUGAAGAUGUAUAAGCCCUCGUGCGUCCGAGAGAGCAAGCGAACAGGCGUUCUCAUCUGCAAGUGAAGUCGGACAAGGCGGCAUCUUGAGAAUAUGCACGGAAGUACGUUUUCCUAUGGCAUGCGUAACGACUGAGCCUGUAUCACACGUAAUACGCCUUGUACAAUAUAUC